AUGGCUCAACGUGUUACUUUCAGAAGAAGAAAUCCAUACAACACCAAGUCUAACAAGAUCAAGGUCGUCAAGACCCCAGGUGGUAUCUUGCGUGCCCAACACGUCAAGAAGUUGGCUAGCAGACCAAAGUGUGGUGACUGUGGUAUCGCUUUACCAGGUGUCGCUGCUUUGAGACCAAGACAAUAUGCUUCUGUCUCCAAGACUCACAAGACUGUUUCUAGAGUCUACGGUGGUUCCAGAUGUGCCAACUGUGUUAAGGAAAGAAUUGUCAGAGCUUUCUUGAUUGAAGAACAAAAGAUCGUCAAGAAGGUUGUCAAGGAACAAACUGAAGCUGCUAAGAAGGCUGAAAAGAAGAGCAAGAAAUAA